AUGGCUGAGGCAGUUGUUUCCUUUGUGCUCGAAAGUGUCAGAGACUUCACCAUUCAGGAAGCCAAGUUCUUGUCUGGAGUCAGCCGUCAAGUUGAAGCUGCACAAACUGAGCUAGAAUUCAUGCAGGGAUUCCUCAAAGAUGCAGAUGCAAGACAAGGACAAGAUACAAGAGUCCGUAUUUGUGUUGCCAAAAUUAGAGAUGCGGCUUAUGAUUUGGAAGAUAUUAUUGAAACUUAUGGCUUGAAAGUGGAUUCCAAGAAGAAGAAAAGAGGCCUCAGGAAUGUUCUCAAAAGAUUUGCCUGCAUCUUCAAGGAAGGGGUUCAUCUUCACCAGAUUGGGGCAGAACUUGAGAAUAUCACUACCAAAAUUUCGGAGUUGAGAUUGCGUUUGCAGAGUUAUAACAUAAAGGAAAUAAGGGACAGGGAUAGCGGUGGUGGUGAAUCUUCCUUGCAAUUGGAUGAGAGGCAAGGACUACUCAGGCGAAGUUAUUCUCAUGUUGUUGAACGUGAUGUUGUUGGGUUAGAGAACAAUGUAGAAGGAUUGGUAAUGAAUUUAGUGAAAGAUGAAAAUCGUCAUCAAGUUGUAUUUAUUUGGGGGAUGGGCGGUUUAGGGAAGACCACCCUUGCAAGACAGCUUUAUCAUCACAAAAAAAUAAGGCACCACUUUCGAAGUUUUGCUUGGGUCUGUGUAUCUCAACAGUGUCAAGUAAGAAAUGUUUGGGAAGGAAUUCUGUUUAAACUGAUUUCUACUACCAAGGAACAAAAACAAGAAAUUAAGGAAAUGACUUAUGAUGAAAUAGCAAAAAAGCUUUUUCGUGUCAUGGAAGAAAUGAGAUGUUUGGUGAUUCUUGAUGACAUUUGGAGUAUCGAGGCAUGGAAUCUUUUGAAGUUUGCAUUUCCAAAUGCGGAAACAGAGAGCACAGUACUGCUUACUACACGGAAUCAAGCAGUAGCUUUGCACCCAAAUAGAAAUGUUUUUCUCCACGAACUCCAGCCACUCAAUGAGAAUGAGAGUUGGGAACUACUUGUGAAGAAAGCAAUACAUGCAAGGGCUGAAAUCGACUUGGGAAUGUACAGAGACUUGGGAAGGAAGAUGCUUCAAUAUUGUAAAGGUUUGCCAUUAGCCAUCAUUGUGCUUGCCGGAGUUCUAGCCAGAAAAAACUCCAUUAAAGAAUGGGAGAGAGUGUAUGAAAAUGUUCAUGAAUACAUAAGCAGAGGCAUAGGUCGUGAAGAAGAAUAUGGAGGUGUAUCACAAGUGUUGGCAUUGAGUUAUGAUGACCUACCGUAUUACUUAAAACCAUGUUUUUUAUAUUUAGGUCAUUAUCCUGAAGACUAUGAGUUUUUGGUGAGCCAAUUGACUAAGUUGUGGGUGGCAGAAGGUCUUAUCUCCUUGAGACAACAAAGACAUGGUUCAAGGGAAACAAUGGAGGAUAUAGCACGUGAUUGCUUAAGUGUGUUGGUGGAAAGGUGUUUGGUUCAAGUGGGAACAAGUGGUUCAACUGGAACAAUUAAAGAAAACGAGGCAGCUAAUCCAUUAACUUCUUCUUCUAUGGCAACCAAGGCAGCACAAUUGGGGAAAAUUCGAAGACUUGCAAUUUACGUGGAUGAGAACAUAGAUAGGUUGGUUUCUUCAAGAGAUGAAACAAAUGGGCACGUAAGGUCUCUAUUAUUCUAUGGCCUAAGAGAAUGGAUGCCAAAAAGUGAAAAAGUAUUACUAUCUCCGUCGAAGGAUUUCAAAGUGCUUAGAGUUUUGAAGGUUGAAGGUCUUUAUAAAGUAGAAGUAGAGUUGCCAAGUGAAAUUGGAAAUAUGGUACACUUAAGGUUCCUAAGUGUGAAGGAUAGCGAAAUAAAAAGGUUUCCGCCAUCCCUAGGUAAUUUAGUAUGCUUGCAAACUCUUGAUUUUCGUGUUUGGAAUGUCGACAUGGUCAUCCCAAAUGUGAUAAUGAAGAUGAAACAAUUAAGACAUUUAUAUUUACCCAAGGAUUACAGAGCAAAGGGUAAGCUGGAGCUGUCUACUCUUGGCCAUCUACAGACCUUAUAUAACCUUUCAAGUGAGUAUUGUGAUUUGAAAGAUGUUGGUAGAUUAACCAAUCUUAGAAAACUGAGAAUAAGUGAGUCAAGCUCUUUGCAAAAUCUGGAGGAAAUCUUAAAUCUACAGGCAGCACGCUUCGGUGAAGAGCAAGCUAUGCAAAUAGUAUCAAGCUAUCGGGGUAUAUACAAAUUGGCGUUGGCAGGGCCAAUCGCAGAAUUACCGAAAGAGCUCCGCAACUAUCGAAACCUCACCAAGUUAGAAUUGUGGACAUGUGGUCUCAAGGAGGACCAAAUGGGAAUACUAAAGAAGCUGCCAUACCUAACAAUUUUGAAGCUUAUAGGAGCAGCUUUCCGUGUGAAUACAAAGAUGCUAGUUUUCUCCAAAGGAGGCUUUCCUUCUCUUCAAUUUCUUUAUGUUCAUGACAUGAACGAAAUAACCGAGUGGAGAGUAGAGGAAGGAGCCAUGCGUCGUCUCUGCCGAUUGAAAAUUGAAUAUUGCUCGGGAUUGACUACACUUCCAGAGGCUGAGAUAUCUUAUUAA